AUGCACAGCAAGCCUUAUAGAAACCGUGUUGCAGUGCCAAGGAUCUACGCUAUGAUGGAAUAUGUGAUGAUCGCAGCCAUACGCUAUCGGAAUUGUGGCCCAUUGGAACCUUUUGUUCUUGCAGUUGGCGUUGUUGGUUCACUGAUCACGGAUGAUCUUCCAAAUCCCCUCGAGCUUCGACGAGCCUUCUGGACGCGUUAUGGAUCUCUUCGCUUUCGAUGUAACUCGACAGUGCCUUUCCCGAAAGACGGUCUUCCAUCGGUGCUGAAUUUGUUCGAGUUGAAUGUCGCAGGCAAUGUUAUGUUCAGAAUUUGUGCGUGUUUGCCAGUUGCAGUCAGCUUUUCGUUGUGCACUGCAGAAGGUGGGGAGCUGAUUCGAGCCGAUUUUGUCUCAUCAUCAGUCGUACAUAAUCUAAUGAAUGAGGCAGCAUUCGCCUGGUCGUGGUGGAAUUUUUUACGAUGGCGGUAUUUAGCGUUGUUACUAUUCGAAAGGACUCUAUUGAGCAAUAGGAAUGUUCAGAGACUCGAUUCGAUUUCGAUGGUGAUGAAGGCCCUCUCCACGAUGGCUUUCUGUUAUGUUUCGCCGCAGUAUUUUCAACGUCAUCAUGCCAAUAUCUCGUUCAAAUGUGUCAUUCAUACUGUGAGUUACUUGAAAACGAAAAAAACGUAUCUGAAUGCGGGCAGGUCUCACACCAUACCUCGCCUUUUGCUUUUGCAAUGUGAAAAAUGA